AUGAAUCCGAACUGGGAGUUGACGAAUUGUUGCCAGCAUGAUCAAAGAGUUUUUCUUGCAACAAUUGGUGUCUUCACUGUCGUCAUUCUCGCUUUAUGGAGGACAUUUUUACUGACACCUUUUAAGCUCAUCACCGUAUUUCUUCAUGAAGCAAGUCAUGCAAUUGCUUGUAAGCUCACUUGUGGUGAGGUGGAGGGUAUCCAAGUCCAUGCAAAUGAAGGUGGGGUGACGCAAACACGCGGUGGUGUGUAUUGGCUAAUUUUGCCGGCUGGAUAUCUUGGUUCAUCAUUUUGGGGUAUGGUUCUCAUCCUUGCAUCAACAAAUCUUCUCACUGCAAGGAUUGCUGCUGGAUGUCUUAUUCUCUCUCUUCUUAUUGUGCUAUGCAUUGCUAAAAAUUGGACGCUACGGGGGCUUUGCAUUGGAUUUAUUAUUUUUAUUGGCAUUAUAUGGGUUCUACAAGAGAUGACUAAAGUUCGCAUUCUCCGCUAUAUUAUUCUCUUCAUUGGAGUUAUGAAUAGUUUGUUCUCAGUCUACGAUAUAUAUGAUGAUUUGAUAUCUCGGAGGGUUCACUCUAGUGAUGCCGAGAAGUUUGCAGAACUUUGCCCCUGCCCUUGUAAUGGUGCUGCAUGGGGAGGGAAUGAUAUCUUUCAUAUUUCUUUGUGGAGCUAUUUAUCUGGGACUCGUUAUAUUGUCUUGAGGAUUAACGGAUUUGUGUUUCAACUCUGGGAGACAGCAGGAUCUUCACAAUUCUUCAAUUAA